UGCUAGACUCUAGCGUCACUUCCGCCACGGCAAUGGCGGCACAGGGGGCAGCUGCGGCAGUUGCAGCAGCGACUUCAGGGAUCGUGGGAGAGGGUGAACCCGGCCCUGGGGAAAAUGCAGCGGUCGAGGGAACCGCCCCAUCCCCGGGCCGCGUCUCUCCUCCGACCCCAGCACGCGGCGAGCCUGAAGUUACGGUGGAGAUCGGAGAAACGUACCUGUGCCGGCGGCCGGACAGCACCUGGCAUUCUGCAGAAGUGAUCCAGUCUCGAGUGAAUGACCAGGAGGGCCGAGAGGAAUUCUAUGUGCACUAUGUGGGCUUUAACAGGCGACUGGACGAAUGGGUAGAUAAGAACCGGCUGGCACUGACUAAGACGGUGAAAGACGCUGUGCAGAAGAACUCAGAAAAGUACCUGAGUGAGCUGGCUGAGCAGCCUGAACGCAAGAUCACUCGCAACCAAAAGCGCAAGCACGAUGAGAUCAACCAUGUGCAGAAGACGUAUGCAGAGAUGGACCCCACCACAGCAGCCUUGGAGAAGGAACAUGAGGCGAUCACCAAGGUGAAGUAUGUGGACAAGAUCCACAUCGGAAACUAUGAAAUUGAUGCCUGGUACUUCUCGCCAUUCCCUGAAGACUAUGGGAAGCAGCCCAAGCUCUGGCUGUGCGAAUACUGCCUCAAGUACAUGAAGUAUGAGAAGAGCUACCGCUUCCACUUGGGCCAGUGUCAGUGGCGGCAGCCCCCAGGGAAGGAAAUCUAUCGAAAGAGCAACAUCUCUGUGUAUGAGGUAGACGGCAAAGACCAUAAGAUUUAUUGUCAGAACCUGUGUCUGCUUGCCAAACUUUUCCUGGAUCACAAGACAUUAUACUUUGACGUGGAACCUUUUGUCUUUUACAUCUUGACGGAAGUGGACAGGCAAGGGGCCCACAUUGUGGGCUACUUCUCUAAGGAAAAGGAGUCUCCAGAUGGAAACAAUGUGGCCUGCAUCCUCACCCUGCCCCCCUACCAGCGCCGAGGCUAUGGGAAGUUUCUCAUAGCUUUCAGCUAUGAGCUGUCCAAGCUAGAGAGCACAGUAGGCUCCCCUGAGAAGCCACUGUCUGACCUGGGCAAACUCAGCUACCGCAGCUAUUGGUCGUGGGUACUGCUGGAGAUCCUGCGAGACUUCCGGGGCACACUGUCCAUCAAGGACCUGAGUCAGAUGACCAGUAUCACCCAGAACGACAUCAUCAGUACUCUACAGUCUCUCAACAUGGUCAAGUAUUGGAAGGGCCAGCAUGUAAUCUGCGUCACACCCAAACUUGUAGAGGAACACCUCAAAAGUGCCCAGUAUAAGAAGCCACCCAUCACAGGCUGGGCCCAGAGAGGAGCUGCCAGGUAUGAGCAGGCCUGGCGCAGAGGUGCAGUCUGCCACUCAUGUCUCUUUUUCCCACAGUGGACUCUGUCUGCCUCAAGUGGGCACCCCCCAAGCACAAGCAGGUCAAGCUCUCCAAGAAGUGAGCAGCCCGUACCCCUGUUGCUGGACCUGUGCCUCUUUGCUCCUAGCUGUAAAUAUGUACAGACUUCUUUUGUCACUUUUUUAAAUAAAGUAAAUUCUGCUGGUGGUGUAGGACUUCAGAGGUGGGAGAGAGAGACCAAGAUUUCAUAUUCUUCAUUUCAUUUCACACAUAGCCAGUUGUGUUCAAAACAUUUUACUGCUUGAUUUUGUAUUCCCCACCCCCAUCCAAGCCUCCAGCUGAGUUCCGGUGGGGGCUCAGUCCUCCGGAGUCUGGGAAUCAGAAAUCAAGAGGGCUUGGUGGCUAAUAGGGCAAGAUUAAGGCUUUUUCCAUCUCUAAGGCAGGCAAGCCCAGAAGACAGGAAGGCCAAGUGAUGG